AUGACUACCGAAACAAUGACCCGGCUACAGCUAAACGCCAAUGGCGCCAACAAAUCCACUGAUGGCGAGAAUUUGAUCAAUGCUUUCCAAAGCCUUAAUAUUAAGCCUCUUUGGACUCAAAUGGAGAAGUUGAACCCGCCCCUACCUAAUCCAACUUGCGUCCCUCACAUUUGGCGCUAUGAGGAUAUCCGCCCGAGUCUUCUCAAGGCUGGGGAGGUUGUGACUGAGAAGCAAGCUGAGCGUAGAGUGCUCAUGUUGAUCAAUCCUGCGAGAGAUUCUCCAUAUACAACUGAUACCCUGUAUGCCGGUCUGCAGCUAGUUAUGCCAAAUGAAGUGGCCAAAGCUCACCGCCACACUGCCUUUGCGAUGAGGUUCGUAAUUGAAGGUCAGGGCGGCUUCACGGCUGUCAAUGGUCGCCGGAUUAAGAUGCAACGGGGGGAUGUCAUCCUGACGCCGACCUGGAACUGGCACGACCAUGGCAAGGAUGGGUCUGGCCCUAUGAUCUGGCUAGAUGGCUUAGAUCUCCCCAACUUUCGCCACUUUCCUGUGCAUUUUGUUGAGCAUUAUGAGAAACCUCGUUAUCCCGCCGAAGACGUCGAUACAAACUCGUCACCUAUCGUCUUCCCUUGGGCCAAAAUGAAGGAGAGUCUUGAUAGUGUUCCAGGGACAUGGGCAUCAAAAGAUUACCUUAAAAACGAUGGCCGGCAGGUGUCCAAGAUCUUGGGUGGUUCGGCCGAGCGACUUCAUGCCGGCACUUCAUCUCCCAGCAUUCGGGAAACCAGCUCAUCCGUCUACCAUGUUGUGUCUGGGCAGGGAUACUCAAUAGUUGGGAGUGAAAAGAUCCAAUGGAAGGCCGGUGAUACGUUCUGUAUUCCGUCGUGGUUCCGGUAUCAGCAUGUAGCGGACGAAGCUAUCGACGUUUAUCUUUAUUGCUUCCAUGAUAAGCCCAUGCUUAGCUCCCUCGGUUUCUAUCGUGUAGAGGGCACGGAUUUAGAGGCUUUGGUAUCUGACUAA